AACCAAAAACAUAUUCGCGUGGCACUACGGGUAGUCCAGGUUGUGCAAUCUCUGUAUGAUAGUUACUUAAUACGCGGGCAAAGCUGGGAUAAGUUAUGUUAAAGAGAACUACACUUGGAAGAGCAAGAUGAGUGCUAACAUCCGGCGUCAAGAGGAGCUCAUUGCUCAGAAGAAGAGGGAGAUUGAGGCUAAGAUGGCCGAACAAGCCAAGAGGAACCUACCUGCCCCCGCCAAGCCCCUUCCUGUUCCCAGCAUUCCUAGCCCACAGGGAUCCACAUCCAAUAAGUUUGUGAACGACGGCAGCUUCCUGCAGCAGUUCAUGAAGAUGCAGAAGGAUAAGCCCAGCAAUGACUCAGGCUCCAACAACGUAGCCAAGGGCUCUCCGUCUUCCAGCCCAGCGGCCCCCUCCACACCCGGCUCGGCGUCCGGUGGGCCCCCGAAAAAGCACAUCCUGAUCGGGAAGCGCCCCGGCCUGGGCAUCAGCAGCAUGCUGAAGAGCUACACGCAGGCCAAGAGGGCGCCGACGCGGCCGCCCAAACCCAGCGUCUUUGCCGAGGACGACGACGAGGGCGACGAGGCGGACCACGAGAGCAUGGACGUGCACUUCCUGGAGCUGAAAGUUUCCCCCCCAGAGGACCAGGACCUGCGCUGCAUCAUGGACAAGCUGGCUGGCUUCGUGGCCGAGGGAGGCGCCGAGCUGGAGCGCAAGGCCAUGGAGGACUACAAGGACAACCCGCUCUUCGAGUUCCUGCAUGAUAAGAACAGCCGAGAGUAUCUCUACUACAGGAAGCGUGUGGCCGAGAUCAGGAGGGACACCCCCAGACCUGAGCCCCCCCCUGUACACACAACACAUACUCGUGGCUCGUCCUCAGUGGCGGGCGAGACACGGGAGGUGGCGGAGAAGCUGGCCCGGUUCGUGGCCGACGGCGGCCCGGAGGUGGAGGCCAUGGCAGCGCAGCACAACCGGGACAACCCUGCAUUUAGCUUCCUGUACGAGCCCCAGAGUGCGGCCUAUAAGUUCUAUCGGCAGAAGGUGGAGGAGUUCCAGAGGAUCGCAGACCCCCCCAGCCCCACCUCUCCCUCCCCCACCUCCAACUCUGCUCCGGCGGCCCCCAGAGCCUGUGUGCCCCCCCCUGCCCCAGCGGAGGCCUCCCCUCCCCAGCACUCUGCCCCCAGCCACGAGGCCCCCAGCGGGGGAGGAGGAGCCCCCGCCACCAAGCGCAAACGCAAGAGCCGCUGGGGGGCUGAGGACGACAAGGUGGACCUGCCCAUCCCCCCCAUCAUCGCACCGCCCGCCAUCGUAGAAACGGAGCCCGACUUGCCAGCUCUGUCCGCUCAGGAGCUGGCAGGACUGGGCUAUAAGAAGGGGAAGCCAGUCGGCCUGGUGGGCGUGACUGAACUCUCUGACGACCAGAAGAAACAACUGAAGGAGCAACAGGAGAUGCAGGAAAUGUUCGACAUGAUCAUGAAGCACAAGAGGGCGAUGCAGGAGAUGCAGGUGAUGUGGGAGAAGGCCGUGCGAGACCACCAGCACGAGUACGACAGCGACGAGGAGGUGGACACACGCUCAGGCACCUGGGAGCAUCGCCUGCGCCAGAUGGAGAUGGAGAAGACGCGCGAGUGGGCGGAGUCGCUGACGGAGAUGGGCAAGGGGAAGCAUUUCAUUGGUGACUUCCUCCCGCCAGACGAGCUGGAGAAGUUCAUGGAGACGUUCAAGGCUCUGAAGGAGGGUCGUGACCCGGACUACUCAGAGUACAAGGAAUUCAAGCUGACGGUGGAGAACCUCGGUUUCCAGAUGUUGAUGAAGAUGGGCUGGAAGGAUGGCGACGGCCUGGGCUCGGAUGGGCAGGGCAUCAAGGCCCCUGUGAACAGGGGCACCACAGCUGUGGACGGCGCAGGCUUUGGUGUUGACCGGCCGGCCGAGCUCUCUAAAAACGACGAUGAGUAUGACGCGUUCCGCAAGAGGAUGAUGCUGGCUUACCGCUUCCGACCCAACCCUCUGAACAAUCCGCGCCGGCCGUACUACUGAGGACACCGAGGACGCCACUGCUAUCACUCGACUGUACUUCCUUCGUGUCAUGUGCCUGUCUCUCCACAAGCAUAGGGAAGGCUCUGGCCCAUCUGAAUGAUUCACUGGGUAGUCAGAUUUUUGUAAGACUUUUUUUUUUUUUACUCUUCUAGGCAUCCAUGCGUCUCUGCCGUGUUUGGAAGGGGUGCUUAACGGUCUGUGCAUCGGGAGAGGUGGGGACACACUCUGUAGACCUGAGACGAGGCUGGAAAUGAUGUGUGCGUGUAUGUAUGUGUGUGUGUGCAUGCGUGGCACCAAGGCAGGAAAUUUGUGUGUAUACAUGUGUACGUGAUGCGAGCAGAGCUGUGCACUCAUUGGUUCAUCAAAGCUUUCACAAGCGUCUACCAUGUUUUCCACCAUUGUGGAUGCCAGUGCCCUUGUGGGUUUUUAGCGUCAGUGACCAAGAUGUUUUUAUCUGUUUCCUAUUUUGGUUUCCUUUUGUAAUUGUCUACAGUCUUCAGAAGUGGACCUCAAGUGGGCUGGGGUGGUGUCGCCCUGUGUUUGUCCAGAGACAUGUUAAAACUGACAACCUCCAAAGCUCCUCUUUUAAUAAAACCCCAACUGGAUCAUCUGUUUUCCCACAA